AUGGAAGUCAUUGAGCUGGGAGAUGUCGACUUGAACUGUCCUUCCAACUGUCAAAUACAUAAUACCCAUUUCUUUGGAACUGACAGACAGAUAAUAAGGAGAGGGCAAGCCUUCAGUUUUUACGCCCAUUUCCAAAAUCGAGAAUGGGAUGACUCCAUGGACCAGGCUGUUUUCACCGUGGAGACAGGUAAGGACUCUAGUGAUUAUCAGAUAGUUUUAAGGAAAUUGCUAGUGAUGAGUAAAAAUGUUGAACAUAUUUAUUAUUUAGCUGAUGACCCUGUAUAUAUGGACAAUCAGGCCCAUAGAGAAGAAUAUGUUCUGAAUGAGCAUGGAAUACUGUAUGAAGGAGUUCACAAGCAUAUUACUUCUCGACCAUGGCACUUUGGACAGUUUGAAGAUGGGAUACUGGAUAUCUGCUUGAAGAUCUUAGAUAUGGGUGCAAGUUACCAUCACGGCUCUGAUCGUGACCACUGUUGGCGCAAUGAUCCUGUGCACGUUAGCAUGGUGGUAAAUCAUAUGAUAAGCAGCCAUACCACUAACAGUAUCAUGAAGAUUCCAGAAAACAAUGAUUACCUGAAAGGAACGAAGCCAUUUUCCUGGAAUGGAAGUGUCCCUAUUCUUCAGCAGUGGUACAAUGGCAGAUGCAGGCCUGUCAGAUAUGGGUACUGUGGGUCUCUUGCUUCAGUAAUGUGCACAGUGAUGAGGUGUUUGGGAAUUCCAAGCCGUGUUGUAACGAAUUUCUGUUUUCCAUGCUCAACUGAGAAUCCCCUUGGUAUCAAUGAGAUUUUUGACUGUACUGGUAAAAACCUGUGUGGCAAAGACAAGCUAUGGCGAUAUCACUGCUGGAAUGAAUCUUGGAUGGCUCGCAGAGACAUAAAUCAGUGCUGUGGUGAUUGGCAGUGUCUAGAUCCAACACCCUUGGAAACUGGUAGAGGUUCAGCUUGCAGUGGUCCUACGUGGGUUCGAAGCAUCAGGGAAGGGGAACUGGACUUGGAUUAUGAUGGUCAUCAUAUGUUUUCUCGAGUAAAUUCAAACUAUGUUGGCUGGCUUUCCCAAAACAAUGGCAAAAGAACAAAAUUUUUCUGUGACACUUGGCCAUGUGGACAGCGUCUAAUCACCAAGAGUAUUGGCAGUGAGCAAUUUGAAGAUAUCACUGGAGCUUACAAGUAUGAACUAGGUUCUGUGAAAAACAAAGAAGCCUAUUACCGGGCUUACAGAAGAAUUCACCCAGGGUACUGUAAUGCUUCCAACUGUCAUAUUGACAGAGAGUUAUCAUCUCUGAAAAACCCAUUUUUGAGUGACUCUGGUAUCAACAUGAGGUUAAAGAUGGCUAACUGCCCAAUGUAUGGUGAAGAUGUCCAGCUGCACUGGCUGCUUGAAAAUUUGCGUAAUGAAAACAAAACCCUGAAGUUUAAUUUGUGCGCACAAAUUAUAACCUAUAGUGGUUGCCCAAUGGAUCAGUUUUGGAAAGACAGUGUGAAUGUCACACUGGGUCCAAGAGAAGGGUGA